AUGGAAUCCUUCAAGUUACUCCAGGACGACAUUUCCAAAGCCCUCGUCUCCACCACGCGUUCGGCCACACGCAUUGCUGGUGCAGACAUUGCCUUCCAGCGGUCUCUCAACCCAGACGUGGGUACGGCACUUGACACUCAGAAUGGGCGCCUUCUCCAUCUUGCGCAACGCCUUCUUGAGAACGCUGCCGCGAGCUCGGACGCUGUAGGUCCCAAGCUACCCGACGUCGAAUCCAUAGACGGCAAUUGGAGGGCGGUCGUUGAUGUCAUCGACAGCUUGCUUGAGAAGGCCGACACCAGUCUUGACGAGUAUACGGGCGUAGUGAAGCGCUUGAGUCCUGGGGCAGACCAGGCCGCCGUAAAGCCACGACCCAACAUCGCCGAGAGAAAACACAUUGCAAAACCACAGCUCACCUUUGAGAAUGUGCCAACCAACGAUGAGACUGGUGGUUUCCGACCCUUGCUCGUUACCAAGCCGCACGCAAAGAUCCCGCUCGAAAAAUGUCUGGAAACAUUCAAGGACAGCAAGGGCCGAGAGCAGUACCCCCACCCCUACCAGGCCGAGAUUGAGGCAUACGAAUACCCACCAGCCGUCUACCAACACGCCGAGCCAAAGCAGUACCCGCCAUUCGAGGAGACAACCGCUACAUUCGUCGACACACCUGAGGCGCUCGCUGCCAUGUUGGCCGAGUUGAAGACUGCAAGAGAGUUGGCGGUUGAUCUGGAGCACCACGACAACCGCUCAUAUAUUGGCAUGGUGUCACUCAUGCAGAUCAGCACACGCGACAAGGACUGGAUAGUGGACACACUCAAGCCCUGGAGGCGAAAGCUAGAGUGCUUGAAUGAAGUUUUCGCAGAUCCUGGUAUCCUCAAGGUCCUGCAUGGCUCUUACAUGGAUGUCAUAUGGCUCCAGCGGGAUCUUGGACUGUACCUAGUCGGCUUGUUCGACACCUACCAUGCGGCGCGUUCACUUGGCUACCCAGGCGCGAGUCUGGCGUAUCUGCUUGAGAGGCACGUCAACUUCAAAGCACAAAAGCAAUAUCAGAUGGCCGAUUGGCGAACUCGACCUUUAAGCCAGGAGCUCUUUGAUUAUGCUCGCGCAGAUACACACUUCCUACUCUACGUUUACGACAAGAUGCGAAACGAAUUGGUGGACAAGUCGGACUUCUCGGAUCCUGAGAAGAAUAAGGUCCACGAUGUUCAGGAAAAGUCGAAAGAGUACGCAUUGCAGCGAUACGAGCAUCCAGUAUAUGACCGCGAGCUGGGUCUUGGGCCGGUCGGCUGGUAUAAGGUCAUCUCAAGAUCGCCUGUUACUUUCUCGUCGCAGCAGUUUGCAGUGUUCAAGGCGGUACACAGGUGGCGCGAUAGUCUAAGCCGCAAGGAGGACGAGAGCCCAUUCUUCAUCAUGCCGAACCAUGCAGUAUUCAGUAUAGCACGCAUGAUGCCAGUGGACAAGCCAGCACUUUACACCGCGAUACAGCAUGUUUCGCACAUUGUCCGAGCACACGCGGAUGAGCUCGUAGGGGUUAUUGCGCAAGCAAAGGAAGAAGGUAUCGAUGGGCCGGAGCUUGCCGCUGUUCUCUCGAAGAUUGCGGACAUGAGGGAAGCGGAGAAGGCAGUGAAGUACUCAUCGGACGUACCAAAGAAGACUGCCUUAGAACCAACCGUGGCAGCCGCCGAACCGAUACCGUUAGAGAGCAAUGCUGCCCUACCAGCGGAACGAAUGUCGUCUUCAGGGUUUUGGGGUUCGUUGUGGUCUUCGACCCAAAAUUUUGACCGGCAACGAACUAUCGACAUUGGCCUCGCCCUUCCUCUACCACCCUUGACUGCCGAAAUCUACGCCGAAGCCAAUGGCACCGCAGAGACAGCUACACCCAGAGCUGAGAAGCCACAGCACACAUACGUUCCCAAGGAGGAUAGGCCACAGGAAGACCAGCGAACGGACAUGUUCGUCGUCAAGCAGCUUGGUGGCCGUAAGAGGAAGCGAGCUGAAGCCUCCGAGGCUGGAACUCCUGCCAAACCAGCACUUGACCCCAUGACGAACGAUGAGAUCAUGCUAGACGGUGUACAUGAGGAGGACGAUGAGGAAAGUGCGCGAGCCGCCCGAAAGGCUGCCCGUAAGGCCGAGAAGAAACAAAAGAAGAAGGAGGCACAGGCUGCGUCACUGAACGACGCCGGUGAGCCUGCAUUUGACUACGCUAGCGCGCCGACUGUGCUACAUGCUGCAGAUGAGCAGGCGAAGAAAGAUGCAAAGGACAAGAAGAAGGACAAGAAAGACCGGAAGAAGAAGGGUUUCCAAGGUUUCGCAGGCCUGACAGAUGCGCCAAAGGGGCUGCCGAGGGCGCAGAAAGAAGUUGCGGGGAGGAGCAAGACGUUCACAAAAUAG